UCUCAAGACUCUGCCUGCGUCAUGGCCCCAAGCAGCAAAGCUCUGCCCCUGCGUCGGUGAAGGCAGGGCUGGCAGGAUGGGCCCAGGGCAUGCCCUGCCUCUGGCAUAGCUCCUCUGGCCUCACCCUGAAACCUGCCUAACCUUUCCAGGCUGGUCUGAGUAUUCUCAGAGGCCUUGCUGCUGAGGUCUGUCCCAUCCUGAUCCCAAGGCAAUGAACAUUUCAUAUCUUUAAUUCUAAUUCCAACAGGAUCCUUCCUGGUGGAGAGGAUGUUAAGUUGCCCCCACCCUACCCAUGCCCCUGUCUGCCUAGAGGCUCAGGGGCCUUCAGGGUGAGGGGAGACACAUUCCCCACCCUCUGGGAGCUCCUAGUCUGAGAGAGGAAACACCCCUGCCCAAGGGAGCUUCCAGUUAGAUGGCAGAGAGAGACGCCUCUGGCUUCAGGAGUCCCGAGUCUGAGGAGGGAAACGGCUCCUUCAGGGAGCUUCCUGCUCCUAGGCUGUAGCCAUGGCUCCUGCCAGACUGCACAAGAGCCCCUAUCUGCCAGCCCGUGCAUGUGGCCUUGCUCCCCAGCGCCUGGGCAGACGCCGUCAAAAUGGGACUCUGGUCACCCUGUCAUUUCCCUUCUGGCAGACACUCAAGUGGGGAGCCCUGCCCUCAGGGGGGUGUCCCAAGUGCCAUCAGAGGAGGCUUGGUGACUCCCAGACACAAGGGAAGCUUUAGCGUCUGCUCUCAGAGUGAGGAGGAGCCACAGAUCCACGAUGUGCAGUUCCCUGGAGCAGGCGCUGGCUGUGCUGGUCACUACCUUCCACAAGUACUCCUGCCAAGAGGGCGACAAGUUCAAGCUGAGUAAGGGGGAGAUGAAGGAACUUCUGCACAAGGAGCUGCCCAGCUUUGUGGGGGAGAAAGUGGAUGAGGAGGGGCUGAAGAAGCUGAUGGGCAACCUGGAUGAGAACAGUGACCAGCAGGUGGACUUCCAGGAGUAUGCUGUUUUCCUGGCCCUCAUCACUGUCAUGUGCAAUGACUUCUUCCAGGGCUGCCCAGACCGACCCUGAAGCAUAACUCUUGACUCCCUGCCAUGGAUCUCUUGGGCUCAGGACUCUCGAUGCCUUUGAGUUUUGUAUUCAAUAAACUUUUUUUGUCUGUUGAUAAUAUUUUAAUUGCUCAGUGAUGUUCCAUAACUCCGCUGGCUCAGCUGGAGUGCUUGGAGAUGAGGGCCUCCUGGAUCCUGCUCCCUUCUGGGCUCUGACUCUCCUGGAAAUCUCUCCAAGGCCAGAGCUGUGCUUUAGGUCUCAAUUUUAGAGUUUC